CUCGGGCGGCGCCGCGGUGAGCGGAGCACCGGGGGGGGCACCGGGGGCUGAGGCCGUGGGGCCGGGUCCGGGAUCUCGGGAGCGGGAGACCCGUGGGGUUCUCCUCGGCCCCAGUCUGAUGCCCGUCCCGCCGUGCAAUGAGUCUAUGAGCCCCCUCCGGAUCAGCGUGGGCGGCCUGCCUGUCCUCGCGUCCAUGACCAAGGGCGCCGACCCCCGCUUCCGACCGCGCUGGAAGGCCAUCGUGCUGUCGUCAGCCUGCGUGGGCUUCGUGCUGCUGCUCUUCUGCUUGCACCGGCCCUCCCCGGCGCGGCCCGUCCCUCCCAAUCCUCACAACUGGCAGCUCCGGCUGCGGGCAGAGGACCGCUACAAUGACACCUACCCGCUGUCCCCACCCCAGAGAAACCCCGAGGGCGUGCGCUACCGCAUCGGGGUCAUCGCGGACCUGGACACUCAGUCCCGGGGCUCUGAGGAGCACACCUGGUUCAGUUACCUGAAGAAGGGCUACCUGGUGCUGUCGGCCAGCGGGGACAGCGUGACGGUGGAAUGGGACAAAGAGGAGAGCGUGCUGCGGUCCCACCUGGCCGAGAAGGGCAGGGGCAUGGAGCUCUCGGAGCUCGUCGUCUUCAACGGGAAGCUGUACUCCGUGGAUGACCGGACGGGGGUGGUCUACCAGAUCGAGGGCAGCAAGGUGGUGCCCUGGGUGAUCCUCUCGGAUGGGGACGGCACCGUGGGGAAAGGCUUCAAGGCGGAGUGGCUGGCAGUGAAGGACGAGCACCUGUACGUGGGGGGCCUGGGCAAGGAGUGGACCACGACCACGGGCGAGGUGGUCAACGAGAACCCCGAGUGGGUGAAGGUCAUCGGCUACAAGGGCGACGUGGGCCACGAGAGCUGGGUGGCAAACUACAACGCGCUGAGGGCUGCGGCUGGGAUCCGACCCCCAGGUUACCUGAUCCACGAGUCGGCCUCCUGGAGCGACACGCUGCAGCGCUGGUUCUUCCUGCCGCGCCGCGCCAGCCACGAGCGCUACAACGAGAAGGCGGACGAGCGGCGAGGCACCAACCUGCUGCUCAGCUCCAGCCAGGACUUCGGGGACAUCACGGUGGGACGGGUGGGUGAGGUGGUCCCCACCCACGGCUUCUCCUCCUUCAAGUUCAUCCCAGACACGGAUGACCAGAUCAUCGUGGCGCUGAAGUCAGAGGAGGACAACGGCAAGAUCGCCAGCUACAUCAUGGCCUUCACGCUGGACGGACGCUUCCUCCUGCCAGAGACCAGGAUUGGGAGCGUGAAAUACGAGGGCAUUGAGUUUAUUUAACAGACUUUGCACUGGACCAGAGGGGCGGGGAGGACGGGGGCUGCGGGGCAGGCCCUGCGCUCGGCGAGGCGCACGCUCCGAGGGACGCCGCGCUCCCAGCUCUGUGGUUGGUCUCGGCGUCCCACGUAAAGCGUUGGCUUUGCUGCA